AUGUGCAAAAUUUUGGUGCUUCUACUAUUUUCCUUCUGCUUUUUCGUCACAAACGCAAUAGUUUGUAGAGAAGGCUACACUUUAGUCAAUAACAAAUGUAUUGCGGUGAGAUAAAUCAUGGAUGAGUGUGGAAAUAAUGUGCAAAAUUUUGCAGUUUUUGCCUCCAUAUCAUAAUUCAGGAUAUUACACUUCUUAUGAUCAAUGUAAUGAUUUGGGUGGUAAUGCCGUAUCUAUUCGCACAGCAAUCGAUAAUACAGCAAUUGCAAAACUUGCCAUAAAUAAAGGAUAUCUAGAUAAAAUAUGGAUUGGUUUAGAAUGUUGGGAAGAUAACAACCCAGAUGAUUGUAUAUGGGCUGAUCAACAGGGAAAUGCUUCAAGGUACAACAAUUUUCAACCAGGAAACCCGCAAAUUGACAAUGGUAAAUGUGUUUACAUGAUACCAUCUACAGGAAAAUGGGUUAGUGAAGAUUGCUUCAGUUCGAGUAUUACCAUAGCCUGUGAAACCGAUAUAAUUGGUGCAUGCACCCAUAAGUUUGGUGAUUAUUGCUAUCAUCCAAUCAUAGGUCGUAUGAAUCAUGAUGAAGCAUUGAAUAUUUGCGAGCAAAUGUGUGGUGGAAGUCUUGUUUCGAUUCAUUCUCCCGAAGAAAACGCAUAUAUUCAUGCAUUGUUUAAUGAUCCAAGCAUCUAUAUUGGCGCAAAAAUGAGCAAUUCCGCGAGAAAUUAUUGGAGCGAUGGUACUAAUUGGAAUUAUGACAAUAUAAAUUUUUCGAAUAUAAACGAUGGACAGUGUUAUACCAUGUCAAGAGAUGAUGGGAAAUGGAACAGUAGAGGUUGUGAAGAGUAUUUGUCAUCAGUUUGUAAAUGGAAAGCUAGUUCCGAAUGUCAAGCAACAUGCACUGGUCCGAAAUAUCGAGAAGAAACGGGACUUGUAAGCUUUUUAUCUAUUCAUUCACUUCCCAAGGCUUCCCAAGGCUUCCCACGGAUUCCCCUGGUCGUCUUACCCCCCCCCCUUUAAGCAUAAUUACUUUACACAAAAAAUGAAAGGAGAAGAUUCUCUACCUAAUUUGAGUUUUAAGAAUUUUCAAAAUUUUUGAAAAAUUUUUUAUAUAACAUAUACAUGCUUAUUUAUUGUUAAUGUUAAUCAACGGAUUAAAUAUUGGUACUCUGUUGACAAAAUGUCAUUAAAGUUUAUAAACCGUUCUUUUAAGAACCUUCCAGCUUCUAUGACGUUUUAGCCCGAUAUUUUUUUUAGAUCACUUUGCUAACUCAUCAAUUAUCUUACAUUCAAUAUCGCGGAGUUCCUCCAUGCUACUAUGUUUUACAUGUUCCAAACGGCUCAGCUGCUAUAUGGUUUGAUAGUAUUCGAUUGGACUCAGUGAGAGAGCAAAUUUUUGAGAAGUAUUUUUUUUUAUUUCAGAAAUCAUCAAUCGAGGUAUAUUCCGAUACUGGAAAUUCAACCCCCAUUGCUGUUAUCACUUCUGAAAAUGAAUAUUCUAAGGGAUCAAUAACUUCUUCAGGAGAAUUUAUAAAACUUGUGUUCAAUCAGUGCAAGGACAAUUGUGAUGUGACUAGGCUUUAUUGGUGGACUGCUCAUUUUGGGAUGAACUACGGUGCGAGAUGUGGAGAGGUGUUAUAUACAAAUGGUGUUAUAACCUCUCAAAACUAUCCAAAUAAUUAUCCGAAUAACUAUAAUUGUACUUAUUAUAUUCAGAACCCGUCAGGAACUAGGUGAGUUAAGGGGGGGGGGUACAUAAACUGGGCCUCCGAAUUCGGAGGGAGCGGGGUUAACUCUAUGUGCAUUUUUGGAGGUAGGGCCCUUGACUUCUGAACAUUUUGAGAAAUUGUAUGCCUUUAGAGGCCAAAAAUCCACAAAAAAUUGGUUAGAGGGAUUAACUUUUUGAAAAUAUUUCCUGGAAGCGGGGUUAACUCAAGGGACCCCGGAGCGACUAUGUAUGGGGGGGGGGGUGCUUAAAACGACAAAAUUUUUUUUGCUCAAAAGAUCGGGCCUCUUUUGAAUAGUAAAAACCCCGGGGGGAUUAUUCUCGAAAGGCCUAAAAAGGUCCGAAAAAAAUUAUCCAUAAAUUUUUUAAACGUAUAUAUACGUUGUCCGAAAAUUUAUGGAAUAAUUUCUACGUAUAGCUAGCUAUACGUGGUACCUAGGUUUAUACGUACUACCUAUACGUGGUACCUAGUUUAUGGAACAUUUAUUCUGGGCGUUUCCAGAAAAAAUCCCCCCUCCCCUUUAAAAAUAGUAUGAAGACGGUAAUUUUUGCCUGCUUUGAACCGUAAUUACCAUCUAAUUAUUCGAACUGCUUUCAGACCAAUGCAAAUCCAUUUCGACCACUUCGAAACCGAAGAAAAUCAUGAUUUCGUAAAUAUUUACAAUCAGCAGUCCGGAGUCCUCUAUUAUUCUUUAUCUGGAAACCUAUAUUCUAACGCCACUUACAUCUUGGAUGCUCUAUGUCAAUCUGUGAGAAUUGAAUUUACAACUGAUGGAAGAAAUACGUUUUCCGGGUGGUCCGCCAGUUUCAAUCCAUGGUAUUAUUGA